AGUUGAACUCAGGGAGAGGGAUGACAAAACUCCAAAGAAUAACAAAUACUAUUAAUUAUGUAAUUUACAGAUUUGAUUACUGACUGUAUUCAAUAAUCAAUUAGAUUCAAGUAGAAAAAUAUAAAGUAAAUUGGUGGACAGAACAUUAAUAAACGUGUAACCUUCAAAGUUCCGCUGGUUACAUAAUUAAUUGUUUUGUUUACUCAAAUCUAUCGCUGCCGAUUCGACGGCCACUCCACAAUGAACAAGACAAUCUGGGCUCGGCGCGCGAUAACGUGUAUAAAAACCCACUUUCCGGUGAAAAAAGUUAUCAAUUACCCAAGUUUUGUUCGGAGGUUUAGUGUAAGUGGAAAUAGAAAUAUGAAGCUAGUUCAGUUUGUUUAUAAGAGUAAUCCAAGCGAUGUCCGCGCCGGAAUACUGAAAGGCGACAGCGUGGUCGACAUAAAUAAGGCUGAUAGUAGUUUACCUAGCACUGUACUGGAAAUUUUAAGGAAUGGUGACAUUGGCAAGGUUAAGAGAUUACAAUCAUCUUCUGCGGCCCUAGUACCUCUGUCAUCAGUGGAUCUAGCUGCACCAGUCCAUGGGGUUGACAAAGUGCUAUGUGUAGGUCUGAACUACAAGGACCACUGUGAAGAGCAGAAGUUGACGCCUCCAGAGGUUCCCAUGAUCUUCAGCAAGUUUUCCAGUACCAUUAAUGGGCCUAAAGAUGCUGUAAAACUGCGGACACAAGUUACUGAUAAAGUCGACUGGGAAGUGGAAUUGACAGUUGUAAUAGGGAAGCAAGCCAGCAAUGUUAAAGCAUCUGAAGCAUUUGAUUAUAUUGCUGGUUAUACAAUAGCUCAAGACAUCAGCGCACGAAACUGGCAGAAGGCUAAGAAUGGAGGACAAUUCCUACUUGGCAAGUCUAUGGACACGUUCUGUCCAAUCGGGCCCUGCAUCACCACGAGCGAUGAGAUCGGCGACCCGCAGAAUUUGGAGAUCAAGUGCAGCAUCAACGGAGUCCUGAAGCAGAAAAGCAGAACUGACCAGCUGGUCCACAAAAUUCCCACCAUAAUCGAGAGAUUGACGUCGGUAAUGACACUUCUGCCUGGUGACAUAAUCCUGACGGGCACUCCGGGUGGAGUUGGCAUGUAUCGCGACCCCCCAGAGUAUCUGAAACCCGGUGACGUCAUCCACAGCGAGAUACAGAACAUCGGUGUCCUUGAGACCAGGGUGCAAGCGUUUUAGAAGAGUUUGCGGACAAAUUUGACCAAAAUUAUAUUCAUUAUCAUCCCCAUCAGCAUGACUACACCUGGUUAGGGCCAAAAUAUUUAUGGCAAUUGUACCCGAAUUUUAUCAAGAAAUUCGCUCUUCUUUUUUUUAAUAACUUCUCCGAAUAUAUACGGGACAAUCCUAAAGGCAAAAUCUCAUUUAUUUAUGUCAUAUGUGCUCGUUGGAUUUAAAUAAUAAAGAAUCAAAUGAAGUCAACAUAAAUGGAGCACAAAUUAUAGGACUGAAAAAAAUCAUUCACAUUUAUCUACAAGCUGUAUUGUCUAUAUAAUUUAUAUAUCACAAUGUGUAUAUAGGUAAACACUUUAAAAAGUUUUUAUAUAUUUUUAUUGUAACUAUAUAUCUAGAAUAAAGAAAAGAA